AAGUAUUCUUGUUCCAUCACAUCCAAAGGGUAAAACUGUCGAUUCACUCUAAUCACUCAUCAGUGAAUUUUCUCUUCAACAGCAGAGUUCGAACUCCCAAUUUGGCAACUUUCUCUGUUUGCACUUUUGCAUAGGUAGUAACGUUGAGUUCCAACGCCAUUUGCUCACGAGAAAAAGUAAUAUAGAAACAAACAACCUGAAAAGUUCACGGACUCCAAACCACAAAUUUAACAAAAACACGAAAACCAAGAAAGUAUCUGACAGGAAUAGGCUUCUGCAUGCUUGCCAUUUGCCCACAAACCAUGCUUUUCCUGCAUCAACAAAACUGAGGGGGGUAUUUGUUGUUGCUAAACCAUUUUCAUUGAAGUACUCUUUUGGGGUUCUUGAAUUCUGCUAGCAAUGGCUAAUUCUUGUUCCUGUAAAAAUUGUCAGAAAGAGCGGGAUGAUCUCACAGCUUAUGGGAUGAACCUCUUGAAUCCUCCCUCUUCAACUGAGGAGCUUCUCAAACUUCUUAAUAAAGUUGAGUCCUUACUGAAAGCGGUAGAUCAACGCCCUUCUGAUUCGAUGAAAACUGCCCUUCAACAUGUAAUGAAAGCACUGAUUAGGAGUGAGCUUUUGAGACAUACCAACGAAGAUGUCAAAGUUUCAGUUAUCGUUUGUACUACUGAGCUUUGUAGAAUAGCUGCCCCAAAGCAUCCAUAUGAUGACCAUAAACAAAUGAAGGAAAUUCUGCUGCAAACAGCAUUCGUAUUGAGAAUGUUACCUGAUGUUUCUAGCCGCAGCUGCCGUAAGGUGGCCCAAAUUCUUGAUAGUCUUGCUGAAUUUCGGUCAUUUGUGAUGUUAUUGGACCUUGAAUAUGACACUUUAGUGAUCGAUAUAUUCAAACUUCUCCUCAGGAUCAUCAGGCCCUACCAUCCUCAUAAAGUAUUCACUAGCAUGAAAGAAAUCAUGAUUCAGCUCAUAGAAGAAAGUGAUGAACUCUCAGUAGAGCUUCUACAACCUCUUCUUGAAAGUGUUACAAUUAAGAAUCAGAUGGAUGAACCGAUUUCAUCGAAAUUGGGGGAAAAAGUCCUAGAACACUGUGCUGUCAUUGUUAAACCUUAUUUUGCCGAAGCUCUAGAGUCAAUGAACUUAAAUCCUGAUGCUUGUCAUGAUAUUGUUGCCUCAAUAUGCAAAAUGCCAAACAGAGAAGAAAUGAUGGAAAGUGAGAAUGCACCUGAUACUGUACAUCCGGUGCAAGUUGGUCCAUCCGAGGCUAAAUUUUGUGAGCCAGCACUGCAGGCUGACACUCACAAUGAGAAGCUGCAGGAUACUUGUAGAACAAACAUCAUGACACCUGACAUUCCCAAAGAUGUGCAACCAGAACAAAAUGCAGAACUAUCUUCUGGGAGUAAUACACUUACCGGUAAAAGUGGCCAGCAUUCCUUGCCGUCCGAGAAUCGUAAUAUCAGCACCGGAAGCCAUGCUCAUUGGGAUCAGCCCAAGGAUAAAGAGAGCUCGAUAAAUGCGGAUGCUCAGCCGGGUGUUUUAGUUGCAGCAGGAGAUAUCACUUGGGGAGAGAGAACCAAGCGCACACUAAAUGGCGAAAGAAAACCAGUAAGGGACUCGAGGAAGAAUGAGUCUGCCGCCGAUUAUGACGCAGAGAGAAAAUCUGAUUGUAGCGCAAAAAAUGAAGAAGCAAAAAUCAAAGAACAGAACGAGCCAUCACUGCAACAAAUUGAUGGAAUGAAACAGCAGAACAAUGAAAUUACUACUGAAGAAGAUAAGGCUACUAAAUUAUCAGUUAGUGAUGAAAAUCACUUAAACAAAUGUUCUAAUUAUGAAUCCGGGAGGAAGUUGGCUACAAGGCAACAUGAGGAUUUUAAAAGGCCUCGUACCAUCAAAGAUCAUGCUGAAGAACUGGUCGGUGCUAAAAUAAAAGUUUGGUGGCCUUACGAUGAAGCGUUUCACGAAGCAUCCGUUUCUUCUUUUGAUCCAGUGAAAAACAGACUCAAGGUAAAAUAUGUUGAUGGUCAAAUAGAGAAAUUGAAUCUUCUGAAAGAACGAUGGGAGUUGAUUGAAGAUAAUUCAUCUAAAAAGAUGGCAAAUGAAAAUGCACCCGACAUUGGACAUCCUGUAAAAGUUGGUCCAUCCGAGGCAAAAUUUUGCGAGCCAACGCCGCAGGAUGAUACUCACCGUGAGAAGAUAAAGGAUAAUUGUAGUAGUCCUGAGAUCAGUCAUGGAAGUCAUGGUCAUUUGGAUCAGCCCAAGAAGAACCAGACCCCGAUGAGUAAGGAUCACCUGGAUAUGUUAGUUGCAGCAGGAGAUGCGCCAGAGUCUGAAAUUAAGAAAAAGGGCUCUCUUCAUUUAGGUCUCACCGCGGGAGAGAGAAACAAGCAAAUGGUACUUGCCGAAAGAAAAUCAUGGGAAGGUUCAAGGAAGAAUGAGUCUGCUUCCAAUUGUGAAGCAGAGUGCAAAACUGAAGUUAGCAUAGAAGGUGCAGAAGUGACACUGCAACAAAUUCGUGGAAUGAAACAGAAGAAGAAGAAAACUACUAUUAACAAUUGCGAUUUUGAUGCAUCUGGUGAUAAGACAGCUAAAUUAUCAGUCAGAGAUGAAACUCACUUAGACAGAUGUGCUGAUUAUAAACCCCGGAAGAAGUUGACCACCGAAAAAAAUGAGGACUCUAAAAGGCGUCAUUCCUACAAAGAUUACGGUGAAGAACUGGUUGGUUCUAGAAUAAAAGUUUGGUGGCCUUUGGAUGAAAAGUUCUACAAGGCAGCAGUUGCUUCUUUUGAUCCUGUGACAAAGAAACACGAGGUCAUAUAUGAUGAUCGCGAUGUAGAGCUCUUGAGACUACGUGAAGAGCGAUGGAAGAUGCUUGAGGACAAGUCAUCUCAAAAGGAUUCUAAUAGCAUCAAAUAUUAUGGCGAGAAACUGGUUGGUGCUAGAAUAAAAAUGUGGUGGCCAUUGGAUCAAAAGUUUUAUGAGGGAGUAGUUUCUUCUUUUGAGCCUGAGAAAAGGAAACACACGGUCACAUAUGAUGAUGGCGAUAUAGAGAAACUGAUCCUACAUGAAUUUCAAUGGGAGAUUCUUGAAGAUAACUCAUCUCAAAAGGACCAUGAAUUAGACUUUCAAGGCGAUGCUGUUUCAUCUGCUACGCCUUCAAAGAAGAAAGCAAAAAGGAACUCCUCUACAGAGCCCAACAUCUCUUCAUCCAAAAGGUCUAAAAGUACCGCAAAGUAGAAGAGCACUGAAUCAGUGGAAAUUUUUGUUGUGGAUAGUGAAAAAGCUCUACUUCUGGUUCCGAAUACAUCAGCAAGUAGUGAAGUCCUGAAAUUUUGCACAAAGCUGUGUGAUGUGAUCCAAUUGUUUUGAGAGAUGAGAUGUUAGUCUUAGAACAGUCACCAGCAGAAAGCUGAACGGCAGUGAUACUUUCAAUGAGGCAUAUUGAUCCUAUACAAGUCUAGUUAGCUUGUCAUGCUUGUAAUUUUAUUGUAUGAAGCUACAAGCUCUCUUUGUGUUUACUAAUACUCAGGUUAUAUAUAUGAUUAAACAACUGCUUUUGGGGGAUUUCGAACUCUCAUAAAAUUCAAAUUCUGGAUUCGCCAUUUGAAUUGUUUGUGGUUUCACUGUAUGGCUAAGGUUACUAUUAACUUCCC